AUGAUAGUAUUCAACGUAGAGACAAAGAAGCAGCUACAGGCUUUGAUGAAGGAACACUUGUCGCGACCAGAGGGCAUCGACGAUGACCCAGCGGCAUUCGAGGAGUGGGCCCGCAAGAUUGUGAGGGUCGAGUUCCCAUCGCCACUGCUCGAGCCUGGCCUGGCCCUCAUUGAUCUUCCAGGCUUCAGCAUCUCAGACAACGAUUCAUUGUUUGCCAUUCGCAAGGACUUCUUUGAGGUCUUCCAGCCCACUGGCGUCGUCUUCUGCUACGCCAACGCCUUCUCGGACGCCGUAAAGGACCUGAUCAAGUCGCUGCCGGCCAACCUCGUGUCCAAGCCCACCUACACCAAGGAGUUCAUCUUCUUUGCCAACACCAAGACGUCCAAGGGUGAGGUUGCCAACAACAAUGGCAUCGACCCCAAUGAUGAGGUGCCGCUCGAGUUGAUCCACGUGCACGCCAGUGACUGCUUUGCGAAGCUCAAGUCGUCCAGUCUGAGCUCGAACGAAUCGUUGUGCAUCGAUGACCGACGAUUCGCCAUUGUCAACUCGAUGGACUUUAUCAGAUUGUCGCGGUCCGUCGAGAACAGACAUGUUGAAUAUUCAAACUGUUCAUCAAUCGUCUUAUCAGGUGGCUGGGCAGACUGUACCAGAAGCAUGGUGAACUGGUGUUGA